AUGGUGGCCCUUUUCCUCGAGAAUGGAGCUGAUCCCGAUCCUCUAUACAACCCAACUUUCCAAUCAAAGUCACAAUUUGAGUCAUGGGAGGUUCUAUUCUCUUCUUCAGUUUCUCCUCGUCGAUACCGAACCCCGAAAACGCAAAACGCCCCUCCGGAACGUUUUGCUUCAAAUGAACCUGGUAUUUGGAUUACUUGUUCCGAGGCUGCGCGCCACAUAUGGAGCUCUCGUGUCCAAGAAUAUGAUGAUGAGCAAGUGCUUAUCUUCCUGGACCAUCUGAUAUACGAACACAGCACACAUUUCAGGAAUCUCUGGAGAAAAGGGGAAGCAACCCCAUUUCUUUGGGCUCUAAGGGGAGGUCACUUUGACCUAGUCACGAGGCUGCUCAAAGCUGGAGUGAGUAGAGAGGUCCUUAAGAGUGGCACGGAUAUUCUCGAAGAAGCUGUUAAAUCCGGAAACACACAUAUCGCUGAGCUGCUGCUCGACGAGUUAGUCGAUCCAUCAGUUGCGAAUUCACAAGUAUCAUCCCUGGUUUUGCACGCGGCUGCAACAGGAGACAUUGCAAUGAUGAAAAUGCUUUUUUUGAGGCCGGGCAUUAGUCGGCAGGUCGCAGACUUAGCAUUUUUUCGCGCAAUAUCCGGUGGGCAUAUUAAAGGUGUCAACUUCCUUUUGAAGAAGGGAGUCAACCCACAUACUGUGACAGAACAUUCAACUUCUCGGACACCUCUUCAUGUUGCCGUGCUCCGGGAAGACCUGAGCAUAGUAAGGCUUUUGCUAAAGAAGCAGAUUGCCUUCGAUGCUAAAGAUGAACACGGUCGGACGCCAUUAUUCUAUGCGGUCCACCGGGGGCAGGGAUCUAUCGCACAGCUUUUGCUUCAACAUGGUGCUGACCCAAACACUACAGAGAGUGGUUGCAAGAAGCCGAUACUCUAUAAUGAUAGACUAGGUUCUCAGACGAUCCCGGAGCUGAGAUUCCGGAAUAACCAGAAGAAAGUUGGUGGCCAAACGCCGCUUUUUUUCGCUGCAGGAACUGGACAUGAGAGCAUGGUUGAGCUUUUGCUUGACUACGGUGCCAAACCAGACCACCAAGACGAAUUUGGAGAAAGACCCAUCUUAUGGGCGGCUGCGCGAGGAUUUGAGCCAAUUGUGAAAAUGCUUAUUGACAAGGGUGGAAAUGUGAAUUGUUCUGAUGAUUCGAAUCAAUCACUGCUGCUUUGGGCUCUUGGACAAGGCGAGAUGGGCUUAAUGCAAAAGAUAGCAAGAGGGGAAGGGGAUGGAGUGCGGCGUGGCCAUGUAAUUGGUGACAUGGAGGCAGUGGUGAACUUAUUGCUUCAUCAUGGCGCAGACCCAAACACCGCUGACGGAAAGGGGCGAGGACCUAUAAACUUGUUGGUGGAAUGCCGUUAUGACUCAAAAUCUCUUGUGAAGCUGCUUUUGAAGGCAGGAAGCGAUCCGAAUAAAAAGGAUAAGUAUGGCCGCACGCCCCUAAUGGGCGCCACAGUCCGUGGAAAGGGAAAUAUUGUGGCAGCACUACUUGAGGCUCCAGAUAUUGACCGAGAUGCAACUGAUCUCUUUGGUCGUACAGCACUCAUGGAAGCCAUGUCGAGAAACCAACCUCGCAUUACAAAGCUUUUAUCACAAGACCGCGGGGAAGAUCUCGCCUGCGAUUCUUCCGAUGAUGGUGAUGAAUUUGAGGAUGAUGGCGACGUAAUGUGUGAUAUAUGUGGAGCCUCGACUGGUGACCAAUUUGAUAUCUGCGAAGAGUGCAGGAGAUGUGGCGCAACAUGCUUGGAUGACACGCACCGGUUGGCCAAGCGACAGAAAAGAUGA